AUGAGUACCAUAUUAGAAAAAAUUGCUGGGAUAGAGUCUGAGAUGGCUAGAACCCAGAAAAAUAAAGCCACAGCUCUUCAUUUAGGUAUUUUAAAAGCUAGAUUAGCUAAGCUUAGACGUGAAUUGAUCACUCCAAAAGGUGGCGCUAGUGCAACUGGAGAGGGUUUCGAUGUUGCCAAAACUGGUGAUGCUCGAAUAGGCUUUGUGGGUUUUCCGUCAGUGGGGAAAUCAACAUUAUUGUCCAACUUGGCUGGUGUGUAUUCUGAAGUAGCAGCAUAUGAGUUCACCACCUUAACAACAGUUCCUGGUUGUAUUAAAUAUAAAGGAGCAAAAAUACAGCUUCUUGACUUGCCUGGUAUUAUUGAAGGUGCUAAGGAUGGUAAAGGUCGUGGUCGGCAAGUAAUUGCUGUUGCCCGUACAUGCAGUCUCGUAUUUAUUGUACUAGAUGUAUUGAAACCACUACAACACAAAAAGCUGUUAGAACAUGAGUUGGAAGGGUUUGGCCUGCGGUUAAACAAGCAACCACCUAAUAUAUACUUUAGAAAGAAAGACAAAGGUGGCAUCAAUUUGAAUACUACUUGCCCUCAAACUGAGUUGGAUGCGGAAGCUGUAAAGACGAUACUCUCUGAAUAUAAAAUACAUAAUGCUGAUAUUACGCUAAGGUUCGAUGCGACAAGUGAUGAUCUUAUUGAUGUUAUUGAAGGAAAUAGAAUUUAUGUGCCCUGUAUCUACUUGUUGAAUAAAAUUGAUCAGAUCAGUAUAGAGGAAUUGGAUGUUAUCUACAAGAUACCCCAUUGUGUGCCUAUUUCCGCUCAUCACAGAUGGAACUUUGAUGAUUUAUUGGAGAAAAUGUGGGAAUAUUUGAAACUGAUUAGGAUAUAUACAAAACCCAAGGGACAGUUGCCGGAUUACAACUCACCUGUUGUGUUGCAUGCUGAUAGAACAAGUGUUGAAGAUUUUUGUAAUAAACUACAUAGGUCUAUCGUGAAAGAGUUUAAAUAUGCCCUGGUUUGGGGUUCUUCGGUGAAGCAUCAGCCGCAGAAAGUUGGUAUUGAACAUGUGUUAGCUGAUGAAGAUGUUGUCCAAAUUGUGAAGAAAGUGUAA